GUGAGAACGGAAGUGAAAGAGUAAACAAGAUGGAUGAAGUUCGCUACUCCUGUCUCGUGUGUUUCUCUGCUUAAUAACUCCUGACAGAUACCACAGAUUGGUUGCUAACAAGCUUCUCCAGGCCGAUCUCUGAUCGGUGAAAAGUGUAGGUCACUGUAACAGUUCUGCUUAUGGAAGUUGACACAGAUCUGGAAUCCGUUCUGGAAGCUCCUACUCAAAGCCACAACAUUCUCCUUUCACGCUAUGCCGCAAAUGAGCCAAUUCAUUUCCAGCCGAUAAGAGCUCACGAGAGGCCUGAUUUCAGCUUAAUCACUUCAUAUUCUUGGCAUACGUUUGUGGGUGGUGGAAUGGGUUUCACUAUCAACUCGGGGGCUUAUAGUUGACAGCGAAACACUGAGGACCAUGUGCAGGUGGCAGAUAACAAGGGAACAAUAAUGACCUGCGAGCAAGACCACACAGAGAAGGCAGCACAAACAAGAAGAAAUCUUCAGGUUAAAGAGGCUUCAGGUUUGUUUUCGAGAGCUUGUUUGGGACUGGCAGAGUCACACAGACCUCCACCCUGCCGGUGCGUACUGCUAAUAAUCACACUUUUCAGCACCUCUUCGUCUCCGCUCGCUUUGUUGUCUCCUCCUGCCUUGUAAUCACUUUCUCACCGUGUGAGCACCGGCCACUCUCAGCGUGUGUCAGCACUAUAUGACGCUCUGCGUGAGAGUGUGUGUGUCACAGUAACCAGUGGCUGUAAGCUCAGCCGGCCUGCUGCUCACAGAGGGAGUUAUAUGUGUAAUUACCGCGUGACCCCUGCUGACCCCGGCCGUCUCGUGUCAGCGGUGUGUGUCGGCCGUGCCGCGCCAGCUACCUUCUUGUUAACCACAAUGCCGAGGAGGGGACGGUAUUUAGGGGUGAGACAUGGACACUCAGCAGAGCAUUAGCACAGUUCACACCGCUUGUCCAUCUGCCAACUGUUCUAAGCACACAUAUACACACACAAGACCUUUUGAAAUAAAUAAUUAGGUUUAUAUAUAGCUUAUUUUCUUCUGAUAGUUUCAGUUUCAUUAAGAGAAAUGUAACUGGAUGAACUAUUUUUUAAAAUUGUUAUUAAAUAGCCAGUAUACAGUACAGAACGUACACAGUAGUAAAAUCAUUCAAGUUUAAAUGUACUAUUAUAGACCGUUGUUUUAAAUCAUUAACAUGACUCAAAAAUCAAAGGUUGUAGAUCUGCACUAUGAAAACUUUCUGUCAGUUCUACACAAAAAGGCAAAACAAAAAGCCAACUUUUGCUUUUGACAGUUUUUAAAUAGUCUUUCACCUUCAACAUUAAUUUCCUAUCACACCUUUCAUUAUAUUUUAUAAUUGAGUGGAGUAGAAUAGAGUGGACAGGAAAUGAUGGGGUGUUGAGGAAAUAUCACAAGUCACACUUGCUGCUUGAUGUGUCAGAGCAUUCGUGCUAAGGGCAAUGUCUGCGGCUCUGGUGUAUAUUAUAUACAGGGCCUAAAAUUAAUACUCACUAAGCACCAAAUGCGAGUAAAAAUCGGUGUUGGUGUAGGUUGCCAAAUGGUCGGUAACAUUUUUAUGAGUUCUAAAAAUGCAAUGUUAUGAGAACAUGAAAGUGAACAAAUGUGAAUGCCGCUCUAUACAGUUGAUGGGACAGUGCUGCAUCAUCACAAAAAUUUAAGCCUUUCUUAUGUAAAUAUUCAAGCGCUAGAACACGUGAAAGGGCGUGGGAAGUUCGAAACAUCCGAAGCGUGCGAAGUACACUUCCAUGAUGUACUUAAAGUGCUCUGUUUUCACACACUAAUUUUGUACUUAAUAUACUAAAAAUUCUUCUUUAGUACUUCUUAAGAGAAACUUAAGAACAUCUAAGUGUACUCAACUGUGUUAUUUUGAGACACCAUGAAUAUGAACUAAAAUGUGCUUUUAACAUACUAUCUCUAUAUUAAACAAAAAAUGUAUUUAGUUACCACUUGUAAUACACUUGAGCUCAUAAGUGUACUAUAAGUGGUAACUAAAUACAUUUUUUAAUACAGAGAAAAAAAUUCAUCUCAAUGGCAAAAAGUGUCCCAUUCACCCUAAAUUCACCCAUCUUAUAUUUGCAGUUUUUGCUUAACUUCCAUAUUGCACACACAAUUGAAUUCAUGUAGUCACAAUGUCAUUGUGUUAGUCUAAUGUGCAAUAGGUGGUAUUUUCAAUAGGUUUUUAGAUUGCUGGUUUGGAUUUAUGAAUAGUUUAACAUCAUUUGGAGAAACUUUCUUGCUUUGUUCUACAAAGUACACUGUCAUUCAAAAGUUUGGGGUUAGUAGGACUUUUUAAAUGUUUUUGAAAGAAAUCUCUUAUGCUCACAAAGGCUUAAUUUAUUUUAUUUAUCUGAAUUAAAGAUUUAUUUUCUUUAAAACAAAACAUCUUACUGUCCCCAAACAGUAGACUACAUCUUUGUGGUAUCUGUAGUUCAGCAACUUAUGUGUUUGUGUUGUAGGAGUGUUUCUUCCAAUAAUGAUAACCGCAGACCUUCUUUUACUCAUAAAUCCAAAACCAUCAUUCUUAAAACCCCAUAUUUCUCCUGAGGGAAUUCCCAAGGGAAGCCAUGGCUUGAAAAUGCUAAUUCCAUUCCACAUUUUAGGACUACAAACAGAACGGCUCUGUAUAUUGCCUAAUUAAAUACAGAUUGAGACAUUUAGUGCGGGUAUCUGAUGAAAAUAUAACUUCAAAAGUUCAAAACUCCUCACGCAGCCUCAGACUUUAAUAGCUGCAAGCGGCUCAGUGUAUCAAAACACACCAUCUCGUUUCUGCCAAAGCUAUCAAUGGUCCUGUCUCUCUUGCUGCGUUUCAGCCCAUUGUGUUGUGAAUUUGUAAUUCUAGGCAAUGGUGAAUUGCAGUGAUUAUGUAGCCAUAAUUUAACCAGGAUGAUGUGUUUAAUUGAAUUGUUACUCCCUGAUGUUUCUCUCUAGUGAGGAUGCUGUUCUGUUGACAGAUGUGUUUUGUCUGUGAAUGCUUGUUGUUGUUUUCUUCUUUUCAUCCCUUGCUGUGUGCGUCUGUUUGCGUGUGACUACGCGCUUUCUUCCUGAGUUUGUGACCUUGGAUGUUUUCUUUAAAUGUUAAUGUCUAGACUUGUGAUAUAGUUCUCUAUGCAUCUCAUGCAUCUGAGGACAUUUUGCACUUGAGUACACAGUGUUGCCUUCAUACCAUUUUCUUUGGGUUGACGGCUAUUUCUUCUGCAAAGUGCAGUGCUGAGAACCUAUUUCACUGCAGUCAUCACCCUCCCCCACAUCAUCUUCUCUCCAUGUAAACACACACUCGCUUUCCUCUUCCUCUCCUUCCACGCUCUCCCUUUCAGUCUCUAGACUCGUCCUCGCCAGCCCCAUCUCUGAUAUCCACUUUUCUCCACCUUCCCUCUCUCGCCAUCUCCUUCUUUCUCUCCCGCUCAUUUCCCUCCAUCUCUGCGGAGGGGCAAUUACCCCAGCGUCUCUAAACGCCGGCGAUCUGAGCAUCCUUGCACUAUGCAUUGUCUGCAGCAAUUUACCAGCCGCAUCUCCAGAUGAAUGCCUCCAUUCACAAUUACACCCCCUCCAUUAGCUGCUGCCGCUGCUAUGUUUGGAGGGGGGUUUGUUGUCUUGUUAUUUUUCCCUUCACGUCUGUUAAAAAAAAGCAAUUAAAUGUGGACAAAGCAAGUGAGGAUGGAAUUGUGCCCUCUUUUCCUCCUCUGAAUCAAGAAGUGAAGUUUUUAGGCCUCAUUUUGCAAUUUCUUCAUUCCUUUUCUUGUCUUGGUCUCCUUUUGGGGGGUUUGCACUUAGAAUUUCUCUGUAUUUUCACUUUGUGUCACUCUUUCAGAGGACAGACUUUAAAGGGGUCAUGAACUGAGAAAUCAAAUUUUCCUUGAGCUUUUGAUAUAUAAGAGGUCAUCAUACUAUAAGAAUAUCUUGUAAGUUUCAGAACUGAAAACUAAUGUUACCAAGCCCAGCAAACGACUCGUCCUGGAAUGUGCCUAUUUAUGACCUAAUAGAUAGGUGAAAGACCGCCUCUGCAGAAGAAAAUCAACACCUACUUCACCAUUGCAACUUUGGCCCUGCCUACUGGUGUUGGUGAGAUGAGGAAGAGAGAAAAGCACAGGAUCACUCACUGGACUAAAAAUAACACCUUCCAAAGGAUCCUAAUUCUAGGAAUGUGGUUAUUUUAUUUAUUUUCAACAAUGUGAAUGUCUCAGUUGAGCAUUAAUUAUUUUUUAUGCGGUACAUUAUACUGUGGAGUCCUUGACAAAUCAGUUGCAAUUUUGGAGCAGGCUUUGCAAACAGAAGUUUAUGAUAUGGACUCUACAGUAAUGCGACAACAUGUAAGUAAGUUUUGAGUUGCAAUUUUUUUUUUUUUUUUUUUUUUUUUGAUGUAAAAAUCAUACUAACAGUAUUUCUGUCAUGACAACUCUCGGAGUGUUUGGCAUGGUAAUAGGUAUGACAAUGUAGAUACUUCCCACACAUAGACUUUACUUGGGCGGGCCGCCAAGGUAUAUUAACGGCCGCCCAAGUAUAUUUGGAGACACAUUUUUGCUUUUAUUAUUUUUUAUCAUCUUAUACUUUUUUUAUCCGCCCGAGUUAAUGAAACCAUCCGCGAUCGAUUAACUAGUGAAAAAUGUCCCCUCGCCCUACGUGUUUCUUACCUGCUGGUUCUGUGCGCGAGAACUGUUUACUCCCUCUGACAUUCCCACGUGCGCUGCAGAGACGCGGUGGAUAUUUCACAAAGGCCACAAAGGCGGCGCUGUUGCACAUCUUACAGGGUUUCGCGCAACAGUGUUUCAGACUGCUUCAAAGUGAUUCCCAAUCAAUGAAUAGCGCACCAUUAUGCCAAGCAAUUGCUAAUAUACUCGAGUUUUAUGAAUUAUGACAAUGUCUUCGGUAUGACUUUUAUAUAAUAUGUUUUAGAGACGGUCUCUCAUCUGAAGAAUCAGCCCGCAAUAGUGUAGACAUUUCAAAACAAGAGUCCCGGUGUAUUUCGGGAUUGUUAAAAGUCACACUCUAAGUUUUUUUUUCUUCUGGGCAUUUGGUUACACAAUAAAUUGUAUUUAUUUUGAUAUCCUUUUAAUUCAUAGUAAACUAUUGUAGUCUCUGGCUGGGAUGCUCCCCCACAGGAAGAAAAGCCUAAGAACAUUAUUUGACACAUUAUUCAAUAAUAUUAGUAUUUAAUUAAAUGUAAUAGUAGCCUAUGUAAUUAAAAUUAAUUUCAAUAAAUAAAAAAUAUUGUUAAAAAUCACAAAUUAUUUGUUUGUCACAUGUAGUAGACCAUUUUUGUGCCGUGGGUAAUAGGAGGAUUUUUCACCUGACUACCACUGCAAGUAUAUUUCAAACCUGUGGGAAGCACUGAGAUAUGUUUGGUCUUGGCGGAAUAGAUCUGCUACACUGCUGCCUUUAUUGCUGCUGCUGUUGAUUAUUGCUGCUGCUGCUGCAGAGCAAGUACGGGACUUGCUACUGUCAAUACAUACACGACACGCUGCUGUGAGCAAGUAAGACAUGCUGCUGCUGUACAGUAUAGCGUACAUGAAUAACCCGUAGCAGAUCUAUACAGGUGGAGCUGGGGAAGGUGGAGGGUUUCUGAAGCUGCUACACUGCUAAGCAAAUGCUAACUCAUGUAUUUAAAGAUUGAGCACACAAGCUUAUUGGCUACUAAUACAGCAGGAACCAAUCAUCUGUGACCUAUAGAUAAUGAUGUGAUUUUUAGCAGGUUGAGUUAAAGGACCUAUUAGCCUGCCCAUUAGAGUUUCAUGCCAGAACUUUGUACAAGUGCACUCUAGGAAUUCUAAAACAAUAAAACAAUGCAGUUCAUGACCCCUUUAACUCUCUCUCUCUCAAAGUCAUGAGAAACAGUAUCUCACCAUGCAUCUGACUGGCCUAUGAUAUCAGAAGUUUUGCGCUGACGGCAUCCCAGCAGCCUCAAAGUAGCACUGAAGGUACAGUACGACAGCCUGGAUUGCACUGAGUGAUUUAGUAUUCCAAUAAAUCAUUGAAACCAUCUAAUUUCCUAUAGAUUUCAAUUUCCCCUGCCCAGAUCGGCAUUGAUCGAUUUCAGGUAUAGGAACAUGUCAGGCCUCUCUCAGGACUCUUUUGUGAAGGAUUGUUUCAAGAAUGAGAGCUGCUUGUUUUUAGAUCUGUACAUCAGGACUGUUCUUUGCAAAAAUAGAUAUGGCCAGAAUAAAUCUGAUUUCUUACUUGUUGGGUAAUGAAUACAGCACACAUUGGAAUCUCUUGGCCUAUAUGAUUGUUCAAAAUGCUUCUCAUAAUGAUACCUAUAAAUAAUAACUAAAAUACUCAUAAUGCCACUCCCCUAUUACUGUAAUUUAGAAUAAUGGCUUAGUUUGCAUUAGUCAUAGCUAGGUUUAUUUUUUAGAUGUCUUUUGGUGCUAAUAUACACUACCAUUGAAGAAUUUGGGGUCAAUAAAUUAAUUUAUUCAGCAAGGAUGCAUUGAAUUGAUCAAAAGUGACAGUAAAGAGUAAAGAUAUUUAACAAAAAUCAAAUAAAUGCUGAUUUUUGAACUUUCUAUUCAUCAAAGAAUCCCCAAAAAUGUAUCAUGGUUUUCACAAAAGUAUUAAGCAGCUGUUCUCAACAUUUAUAAUGAUAAAUGUUUCUUGAGCACCAAAUCAGUAUAAUAGAAUGAUUUCUGAAGGAUUUUGUGACACUGAAAACCGGAGUAAUGGCAACUGAAUUGUAAUAUUUCACAAUAUAACUGUUUUUGAUCAAAUAAAGGCAGCUUUGGUGAGCAUAAAAACAUGUUCUGCUCAGCAAGAUCUUACCAAUCCCAAACUUUUGAAUAGUAGUGAACCCAUUUCUGUUUUUAUUUUAUUUAUGUCACUUCUGUUGACAGGACUGAUGAGAUGUGACAGAAAACCAUAAAGAGAAAAGGGGGAAGUGGGAUGGGAAAUUACCCCAGGUUGAUUCAAACUCAUACUGCAAAUAUGCAAGACUACACAACAUAUUGGAGCACGUGGACUACCUUCCAAGCCAUGUAUCUGAAUUUUUAUUGAUUGUUUUCUUCAGCAUAACUGGCAUGCAAGAUUUAUGUUGAUUGGCAUUGCAUUAUGAGGAUCAAGGAAAUCCCUUGAUGGUUCAAAUUUCAGUAAUAUUGGCAACAUCCUUAUCAAUAUAUAAAUCAGCAAAAACCAUGUGUAGCACCUUGUAAUUUAUCACAGUCUGGGUAACGUUAGACAUACUUUAUAUCAGAUGCUUUCAGGGAUGUUUUCUUCUCUGUGAAGUAAAGGUACAUAUCGGUUUAUGUUGUGGAAGGCUGUAUAUCAGGUUUUGAAUGUGUUGGGAGGCCGUUCGCCGUCUCUCCUCUGGUUCUUCCCCCAGAGGCAGGAGCCUUAUGGAUCGCAGGAACGAGGAGGAGAAAUAAAUUGGAGAGUAGGAUAAAUCGAUGCUUGACGGAGAGGCAAAUAGACCUUCCAACCUCAGUCCAAACGCAGAGCUUUGGUUAUUUUCCUUAGGGCUGUAUUGGAUUGGUUGACGGAGGCUGAGGAGAGGGCUCAGACAAUACUUGGCCUACAAAUGAUGUCCUUUGUUUUAUCCAUUAACGUGGGGAGAACCUUUACCAUUUUGGGGUGGACAUUGGUCCAUGCUUGGGGGAAGGGUGUCUGGAGUUUCAAACAGCAAUGUCAGAUAGGGCAGAAUUCUUGAAUCUUGUUGUCUGUAUUCAAAUAGCUUUGAAUUUCAUCCUCAGCGAUCCAAAGAGAUGCAUUCAAAUCAUGACUUCAACCCCAUAUAUAGGGCUGACAUUCAAACCACUACAGUAAACAUCAAGUAACAGAGUCAAGAUCAACUGGUGCAAGUACAAAUCUCAGAUCUCCGCUGCAGAGCAAACAGAGCAAAAGUUUGACCAAAAGGUCAAACUUAAGAGUGCGACUAUGUGCAUGUGUGGAUUUGUUUCCAUGUGGACGUGUGCAUGAGAUGCUGAGUUCCUAAUGGACGGUCUGAACCUAUAUGUACAAUUUAUUGAUGUAACAACUUGCGAAUUAACAAAACUGUUUUGAAGAUUAACCAAAGUCUUAUGUUUGGAACAACAUGAGUGAAUGUAAAUGAUGACAGAAUGUUCAUUUUUUGGGUGAACUAUCCCUUUAAUGCCUGGUUCAGACUACACGAUUUUAGCCCGAUUUUGCCAUGAUCUGCUUGACGUAGGGUGUCGUGGGGAUUCGUAAACGGCAAUUGGGUAUCGGGACGCAAUAUUUGAUCGUUUCAACUCGUGUAGUGUGUCAUAGUGGACGACAACCGAUGCCGCGUCUGCGAUGCUUCACGAUGUCACAACAGACCAAGCCGACAGUCGGCCAUCGGGCAGUUUUUGUUCUCCAGCUGACUAAGUUUUCUCAGUGUGUUCCGCACCGUCGGCUGAAGUUGGUCCUCAACGGCUUUUUUUCGGCCGAUUCGGCAACAAUACAACAAUAAGUUACCGUGACAGAGUGAAAAAAAGGUAAAUAAAACAUAUGUUACCUCAGUUCUCUUUGGAGGAAAUCCAAAUAUCCAUGCAAUCCAGAUAUGUGUCCACUUUUGGGCUUUUCUGACGACAAGACAGCAAUACACGCUGCUAGCCAUUGUUUGUUUAUACCCACGGCACCUUCUGUCAGUCCAUAGUCCCACCUUCUCGAUGACAGCACGGGGUUAAAAACGGCACACGAUGAAUGUUCGGGUAGCAACGUGUAGUCUGACAUGUUUCUUGUCCAUGACACAAGAUUUUAGGAGUCAAAAUCGUAUAAUCUGACACAUUGACUAUCGUGACCGACAAAAACAUUGUGUAGUCUGAAACCGGCAUAAGACUUUUGAACACAUGAACACCUUACUGUACUCUAAUCUUAUUUUUCUCUCAGUAUGGGCAAGUAGACAGUCUUAGGAAGUGUUUGUGUAUUUAUAUGAUGAUUACUAAGAGUGGCAAGCAGGUGCAUACAAAGUGUUACUAUUAAAAGCGUUGCAGGCCAUGAUGACUAUUUUAUUGUCUUACGGAUGCUGGUAACCCAUCCCUUAGUGCUUACAUAUGCAAUCCACACUACAUUAAGGAUCAUAAAGCGAUUUACAUGAAAACUGUUCCCAGAUGUAAUGUCCAGGAGAACUUUCAUCUGUAAUCUUUGUCCAAACUUGCAGUGUUGUUCCACCGCGGGAUUCUGCUGCAAUAUUGAUGUUUCAAUUAGAACAGCGUUACAUACCGCCGCAGCCUCGUAACACGGUGCAUCUCCGACCAUCUGCUGCACUUCCACAUAUGAAGAACGAGACACGUGGGGCUAAUCGAGCUGCACAUGAGCGAUGGGACCAGGAGCUCGCUCAUGUCUCUAUACAGAUCGAGAGGAGUUUGUAGGCCCGGUAUAUCUCAGGUAGGCAACCUGCCUACAAUCCCUCUAGCAAUGUGUUUGGUGCAUUACAACUGUCCUGGAGUUUGCUGUGCUAACCCUACUCUCAUUUGAAGACAACUAGAGUCACUAAUAGAAAAGACAUAAACUGUUUCUGAAGUAACUUGUUGUCACUUGAGAUAUGUUUUUUUUUUUUUAGGAUUCUAAGUCUUAAAUGACUCUGCAAAUGUCACUAAGGCAGCCUUAAAGGUGCACUCAGUAAGUUGUUAUUUAGCUGUCUGUUAUUCGUCCCAAUAGUACCAGUGGUUUUGACCUUUAUAGUGACUCCUUUGGGACUGAUUGCAUGAAGUUUGUUUAUGUUACUGAUGUUAUUGUUAUUAAUGGUAACUUGAUGAAUUUUAACAUGAUGGCACCCAUGAUGGGGAAUAACCAGCUUUAUUUGGACUGACAUGCUUAAAUGUUUCAUAUGAACGUACAUCAAGUGCUGUUUAUUUCUUAUAAUUAAUUAAAGUAUAAAUAAUAAACCAUUUUAAUUAGCAAAAAGUAUUGAGUGCUUCUUUAACAGUAGACAUGUUUUGAAAAUCAGUUCAGUGUUUUAAUUCUGAGUCUCAUAAAGUUGAAUGUAAUGAAAUAUUGCACGCGAGUAGUUGAAAUCCUUAAAAUGGGGUUUUGUCUGCAACCUGUUGUUCAUUGGAAAGCAUGUUGAAGUGAUUAAAGGUUUAGUUGCUUGAUUCAAAUUAAUUCAGGCAGUCAGUCUGUUAUUUGGCAGGGUUAUUUAUUCAGGGAUAACAGUAAAUAAAGCAAAGUAUAGAUGAUUUCUCUCCAUCUCAUAGGUUGUGUCAUUCGAUCAUGGCUCUUGUGUGGAGGAUAAAAUACCACAGUUCUUCAACUGAUCCUGCUCAAAUGGAAUGAUACAGAGUGUCUGAAUUUGCUGGAGUCACUUUUGGUGCGUGGAUGGAUCGCAUAACAGGUCUCCACUUUGCCUCACAGGGGUGGUCUCUUGCGCCCCCCACAAUGGAUGCAGACAAUCGGUAGCCAAUUGUAGUGAGGGGCAGAUUUAACGAUGUCUUUGUGUGCAUUAAUUGCAUGGAAUUACUAGAUUCUCGGUGCAAGACCUGUUCAACAAGGGCUGUAAGGAUACUCCCCCACUGACAGAGGUAGUUCUCCCCAUCUCCAACAACCAUACACAGGCUGGCGCACGGUCUAAUUUCCUUUUUAUAAUUAAUAACUAAUUCACAUUUGUUUACUAGAAUGCUAUAUGCAAUCCGAAUUAUACAUUUACUUUCGGGAACCAGCUAUUUAGUUUUUAAAUUCAUUUUGAAACGUAGGCCUAAUGUAAAUAGUGGUAGUUUUGGGGGCGCAAUCUGUCGACGUUCUUUUUCGCAACGAAAAUAGUUUGUUUACCUAAAGAAAAUACUUCUUAAUUAAAACACUAAAGUUUUCAUUGUAUGUUUGUAAUAUAAUUAAUGAUUUGUGGUGCAUUAGCCUACUGACUUACCGCCAGACACUUACCGCAAAGGAAAGAGCGUGACUGGCGUGCUGUUGCUAUGGUUACCUGCUUAUUUGCGGAUUUGGCAACAGUUAUAAAGUACACGCUCAGACGAACUUGUAAUCUAACUAAAACCUAUUGUACGUUUGAAAACGUUGUUGAAACCUCUAUACAGGCUACCUGUAUGAAACAAUAUGUACUUCUACUAAGACAUCCCCCCACCCCCAAUUUCCUAUUUGCAUUCAUUUUUAGAUAUUUUGAUAAUCCCAGCUUUUGCUACGUUUCAGGUGACCAGACCGUCAAUGAUUAGCGUAACUAGGAGAAGAGUUUGAUUAUUGUGUGAUUUAAAGCAUGUCUUUGUAAAAUGUAAUUAAUUAUUUUCAAUCAGUAUUUGAACAUGACCGGGAUCUUGUGUGAAAUCCACAGAGGGAAAUAUGUUGAUGUAUGGGGAGACAGUUACCUAAUUAGACCAUAAAAAAUGGAAUCUUUACAGCAUGCGGGUCAUAUAAUUACUGUUAAUUUAACGCUCAGAUUCUCUGUCAUUAAUUUUUAUUCCCUUAAAUGUAGUUUGGCAGCGGCUCCCGGAGCUCAGAAAUAGAUUUCACUGUAUUUGAGAGCGCGCUGGCCCUUCCAAAUGAAUUACCAUAGACCCCACAGUCCAAAUAACAAGACUCGCAUCAUUUAUGCGUUGUUAAGCCAUGUAAUUGAACGAUCCAUAGUUUGCAUAUUAUACCAUUAAAGUAAUGUGCUUUGGUUUUCUCCCAACACGACUAUUUAAGCUUCUGUGGCGUUGUGGUAAUUCUCUGAAUUACAACCUUAAUUGCCAUAAAUGUUCUUUUGAUUUGGGUGAUUUCACUGUUACGCUACAAUGAUGUUCAUUAUUACGCGGAUGAAUUUCCGGAACGUGUCUUUAAAGUUUUCUUUUUUUCGUUUUUUGGAACGCCCUUUAACCCCCCACGCGCUUUGACACAAUUAGGCUGUCUGUCGAGAUUUUCUUGCGUCUUUUACCUGUUUUCCCUGGUUGACUGAUAUGUGCCUCGGGGUUUUUCGUGUUUGUGUAAUUUUAUAAAUCUUACUUUGAUAUCGGAAAAUUAUAAAACCAGACCACUGUGCAACAAGAACUUUAGAAGGUUUAUAGGCCCUUCCUUUCUAGAAACAAAUAAAUUGAAAGAUUUCAAACAAGAUGAGCGUGUGUAUGCCCAUAAUCACAUUAAAAUAACACUUUUACAUUUCAUAAACAUAAAAUAGUAAUUGUCUUUUCUAUAAGUUAUUUUAAUUAAUAUGUUUCACUCAGCCUAUGUAAAAGACUGGAGUUUAUAAUGCUUAGGGUAAAUGUGUUGAAUGUUUUUGCAGACCUAGCCUAAGUCAUGGAUUUUAUUGGGAUUUCUAUCUUGUUUAUCAUGUAGACUAUUGUUCAGUGAUGCGUAAUUGGAAGGUGCUGUACGCCCUGCUUCAAAGUUCAUUAGUUGUGCAAAUUACACUUUAUUUACUGCCUUUAAACAGUUCCUUAAAAUCAGCUGAUCUCUCUCUCUGCCUUUUUUGUUUCUUUUUGUCUUUUGUCCAUUACCCAUUCUGAUUUACGUAGAGCCUUCCAGAGGAGGCGAUACUGGUGACGUAUGCGGCGUUGUUUAAUUUACUGCUCUCUAUAGCAACCAGCAGCGCUGCUGAAAAAAUGUCCCCCUCCUCGGACAAUGUCGUGUGCUUUUCUUUACAGAGGCUCACAGAGGAGCCAGCUGGUCAGCUUUAGACACCUGCGGUCCCAAACGGCCCACUCUUUUCCCUCUGAAAUAUUCCUUUGACGUGUGUACACCAUGAAAAAAAAAAAAAAAGAUUUAUAGAGACAGUUAUUGGCUAAAAGAGAAUUGUAAUUAGAUAGCCUAUUGAAAAUGCCCACUAGAUGUUUGCAGUAAUUCUAUUUAUAUAAUUCUAUUUUAAUUAAAUUAGACAUAAAGUAAAAUAAACCUAUUGGUCACUUACUACUUCUAAUAAAUGGCAUGUUUUUGGCACCAUAAGGCUCUGCAACACACGUGCUACUGUCUGUGAAUUGUUGCCUAUCAUCUGUUUGAACCAAAUCGGCAUAUCUUUGUUUUAUCUGAAAUCACUUUAAGGUGAACGCAAACUAAUCCUAAAAAGGUUUCAUAUGGGAGUUUUUUUUUCUUUCCUUGAUUUUUUUGUGCCUUUUUUCAAUAAUAAAAAUAAUUGUAUUUUACUUCGUUUACCUAAGUGCAGCUGUCUUUCAUUCACUUUUUAGUACGUGUCCCUACUAACGCUUAUAUCAUUUGUUUAUGAGAUGGUAAAGUAAAACUUAUACUGCUGCAAACAACAAACAUGAGAAAAAUGAAAACAUAAAACAAAAUGUCAAGUUUCUCUUUCUCAUUAUUACUUACUUUUAAACUGUUGUAAUGUACACUAAUAUAUAGCCUAUAUAUAUAUGUAUUAGAAACGAAUGUUAAAUGAAAUACGUUCCUCAAAAUAAAUACCAAUUUUUGUUUCUUUUUUAUUAUUAUUAUUAUUUUGUUGUUGUUUGCGAAGUUACUAAAUUUCACUUUGACUGAUACAGUUUGAUACAGCAUCAUUUCAGUAAGAUCAUCCAAGUUAUUGCCUGUGGUGACCAAAAACCAGGUAUUCAUUAAAGUCUUGUUUGUGGCAGGUCUUCAAAAUCAAACGUCUGAAUGAGACAAACGACAUUUUAAAAAUUAGUUAACACCUUUUCCUCGUCUAAAGCGGCAAAAUGUUUUUUUUCUCUCCCCCUAAAACUAUGAACAUACUCUGUAAAGUCCAUAAAGUUCACUGUGUCCAAAUACCUUGCUCAUAGUUAGGCCAGCAAACAUCGCGCUAGAAAGAUUAAAUCGUUUCCCUUAAUUGACAAAUGAAUCCCCAGAACCGGUAAUCAAUAAAUGUAUGAAAGGACAUCAUAUAAAAUAAAUUUCAUUUAUUGUUUUUUUGGCAAAUGCAUAAAUUCUAUUAAAUAAGACACAUACAUACGCAUUCAAUCGCAAAUUCCAUAACAGACAAGUUUGAAAUGAAUUUCUCUCCAAGUCAUAAAAAUUAUAACCUUUGAUGUUCUUCGCUCCGGUCUUGGUGGCCCGUCGGUCCCUCACAUUUCAGAGGUGCUGCAGGACACGGAGUUCUUUUGAGGGAAAGAGGCAGUGUUUGUUUAGACUCUCGAGCAUCCAAUGAGCUGAAGGCUGCCUUCAAAAAAGUGCGUCCAUCAUCCCUUUCCACCCAAUGAGCGUCGACGAGGGGCGGAGCUCAGGUGCGCGCCGCUACGUCCACUUGGCAAAGAGCCUGGGAGACGCCUGUGGCAAAAGAGUAACUGUCAAAUGCAAGGUUCCUUUAAUAGGAGCGAUCAGUCCGGCUCCGAGAGUCAUGGCGACUACAGCAUCCAAUCAUUACAAUAUCCUCACCUCCAGCCCAUCUAUUGUACACUCGGAGCCUGGGAGCAUGCAGCAAGCUACGGCUUACAGGGACGCGCAAACCCUGUUGCAGAGUGACUACUCACUGCAGAGCAACAGUCACCCGCUCAGCCACGCGCACCAGUGGAUAACAGCCUUGUCACACGGAGAAGGAGGACCGUGGUCGUCCAGUCCCCUCGGCGAGCAGGACAUCAAGCCAGCGGUGCAGAGCCCCCGGGACGACAUGCACAAUUCCAGCAAUUUACAGCAUCAGUCGCGGCCACCCCACCUGGUACAUCAGACGCACGGGAACCAUCACGAUUCAAGGGCAUGGAGAACAACGACGGCAGCUCACAUCCCCAGUAUGGCCACUUCGAACGGACAGAGCCUUAUUUACUCGCAGCCCGGCUUCAGCGUGAACGGUCUCAUCCCGGGUAGCGGCCAGAGCAUCCACCACCACAGCAUGCGCGACGCGCACGAGGACCACCACAGCCCGCAUCUCAGCGACCACGGCCAUCCACCGUCCCAGCACCAGCACCAGCCGCACCAGAGUCACCACGACCACUCGGACGAGGACACGCCGACCUCGGACGACUUGGAGCAGUUUGCGAAACAGUUCAAGCAGAGGAGGAUCAAGCUGGGCUUCACGCAGGCGGACGUCGGACUAGCUUUGGGAACGCUCUAUGGAAAUGUGUUUUCGCAGACCACGAUAUGCAGGUUUGAGGCCCUGCAACUCAGCUUCAAAAACAUGUGCAAGCUCAAGCCUUUGUUGAACAAGUGGUUGGAGGAGGCAGACUCCACAUCUGGCAGUCCCACGAGCUUGGACAAGAUAGCUGCGCAGGGGAGGAAACGGAAAAAGAGGACUUCCAUCGAGGUAAGCGUCAAAGGGGCUUUGGAGAGCCAUUUCCUUAAGUGCCCAAAGCCAGCCGCGUCGGAAAUUACUUCACUGGCGGACAGUCUGCAGUUGGAAAAAGAGGUAGUGAGGGUUUGGUUUUGUAACAGGAGACAGAAAGAGAAACGGAUGACUCCUCCUGGCGGACCUCUACCGGGUACCGAGGACGUAUACGGAGACACGCCGCCGCAUCACGGGGUUCAGACGCCAGUUCAGUGAGAAAAAAAACAAAAACAAUUUCAAAAACAAGGACAUAUCUAUCAUAUUGACUGCCUCAGUCUUCAUUUAUGAUUAUGUUCACAUUGGAACUAUCCAAAAUGAAAGCAGCUGCGGUUUAGACUACUGAGGCGGGAGAGCAGAUUAUAUCCGUCUUCAAUGUUACUCAAAAUUCGUACUGCUGCAACAGAGGGGACCGUGCGUUCCCCGCGCGAGCAAAGAGAACGGUUGUUCUGUGAAUACCCAGCACUGUGAAAAGACGCAGUUUUAAGGUGUAACCCUACUAUUUAUCAAACACUUUGAGACGAGCGAAAUGUCCCUCAAACGCGAGCAUGGGUGUCCCAUAGACAGUAGUUUACAUCUAGACACAUUCACGGCAUUUUCUUUUGUAGGAUUAGCCUGAAAAGUGACUAGUGCUGCAGCAUUUGACAAAUAGUACACGCCAUUUUUACUUUUGUUGUGGGCGACUGAGGGUGAACAUCGAUUCGAUUGAAAAAACAACAUCAGUGUGACAUGCAUCCACCCCACAGUGUUCAACAACUUGGGAUCAAAGGCCUUUAAACAUUAUUAUUAUUAUUAUUUUAGAUACAUCAUGGUUAUGUACCAGUUCGCCUACUCAUAGAGUGAGGUGCAAGGUCACACUAAACAGAUGUUGUAGUCUUGGCGCCAAGAAAUUAGUCUCACACAAUUGAUUCUGAUCUCCUUCUCCAUCUUAUCAAUACGGAUGGGUCUAAAUUGGAAAAAUAAAAAGAAACUUCUAGCAUCAAGCUGCAGACAGGUCACCGAAGGGCUUAGUGAUAGAAACCUGGCAUUUCCUUCGAUUUAGUCAUUACCAUAAAAUACAAUUGUUUCACAGGACUCCACACAGUGCUGUACAUAUUGUAUAAUUUUUAAAGGACAUAGUUACGUUAUUCUCUCACUUGAGCACUUUUUCGUAUUAUUUUGAAUUUGGAAAAGAUUUUAGAGGUCUUUGUUUAUUUUAUUUUGGUCUCAUUUGUUUUAACAUUAGAGCUGGUAUAUUUUGCCUUUAUAUUUAUAGUCAUUUAGCCGAAUAUUGCUUGCUAUCUCUUGCGUGAGUCAGUUGCUUUUUAACCCACAUUCAGCUGCUUUUUUAUAAAUUAUGAGCUGACUUUACUAUAUGUUUAUGUAUAGUAAACAAUGUUCAGUCUUCAACAAUGUUAGCACUAUUUUCUACCCAACGAAUUCAAUAUUAUAUAUCUGAAUCAUUUGAAUGUCUUUUUUAAUUAUUUUGAAAUAGAGAUUAUUUACACAAUAUCGUGGGGAAUGGGAAAAGCAAGUGAUGUGACCCGCAAUAUUUUCAUUUCAAGUCAAACGAUUCUUCAUUGUUUCAUAUGACAAAGCGGUUUUGUGUAUUUUAUAUUUCCAUCAUUUAUCAAGCAUAUCAAUUUGAAACCUAGCACUAUUAUUAUUAUUAUUAUUAUUAUUAUUAUUAAAUAUUCUCCACGUUUACCCAACAUUGGAGCUAGUAAUAAGAUAGCCAACUUGGGAUUUUGGAUUUAACUGUUUGUUUGUUUGUUUGUUUGUUUGGUUUUUAUUUCCUGUGCUUUAUGGUUCUUCAUUGUGUUAGUCCCGCGUUCGCAUUUUUAGGGACACGAUGCAGUGAUGAUUUACUGAAAAUGUAAACACUGGUAGAUUUGAAAAAUGAAAAGAUUUCUCCAAGGGGCUUGCUAUACGUCACUAUGUGUAAAUAUAAUACAACAAUCAGAAAAUAUUAUUAUUAUUUUUAUUUUCUUAUUGUAUUAUUUUGCUUCUAUUUUAAUUCAUAUUUUUGUGUAAAUCUAUUCCACAGAAAUUCCAGGGACAUCUGUUAUUAUCGUUAUACUUUUUUGUUUUUCAACAGAAACAUUUACAUAGAUGAAUUGAUCAAACUGUCAUGUAAUUCUACAAAGACUGUGGGAGCUAUUUAUUUGUCGUUUUAUUUCCUCUGUCAGAAAGACUCCAUCAAACGUUGAACUGGAUGAAUUUGUGGGUAAAAUAAAAUGCGCAGAGGUUGUGAUAGAAAUUUGA